UCCAUGGGCUGCUUCUGUGCAAGGGAAGGAGGCUCGCAUACCACGAUAUGCAUCCAGGUUGGGCAAUAACACCGCAAGUCGGGGCAAAUGCUGUGUUUAAGCACAAUGAUCAACCCCUCUAAAAACCUAGAAGGCUCAUUUAAAAACAAAACAUGUUGCGACUCGUUUUACAUGCAUCGGGAAGAAAAGGAAUUGCACAUUUCUAAGGUAUAUUUUGAUGUUUCCUAUUGGGGGAUGCUAUUGAAUCUCUUGAGGUUGCUGAGUUGCGGUCCUUAGUUGUCUUGUGUAGCUCGUAGUCAUGGCCUGACGCCGAGAAACUUCUGAGCAGGGACUUGAGCUCGGACUUGGACGGAGUGAGCGCUUUUGGGAUCCAAGGAAACCAGAGGGGAGUUGCGAGAAAGCUACACGCUUCUCCAUGCACGCAUUUUGUUCACUCUCAGACCAACUAUCGACCGUCCAAGGACUUGAUCACGAGAGUGCUGUAGUCAACGAAGCGAUUGAACUCUUGAAAGAAAAAGAAGUCUGUCAGCCAGAGAGGGCUUAGCAAGCACAUGUGACAUCAGUCAAACUUUGAGACUUCCGUGGAAGCUCGUCUGGAAGCGAGUUGCAUACUAUAUAGUGAAUCCACGAAUUGGUGCCACAGACUUUGUGGUGAAAAAGGCUCAGGCCUUUCUGAAGUUGUUCCACCCGUUGCAUAGCUUCGUGUGCGGGGAAUGUCGUCUGGACAGAGGACAUGACAAUGGCCAACACGGAGAAAGAAAUACAUCCUAUUGCCCAGACGUGUUGCUCUCAAAAGCUCAACCGGAAAGUGUUUUGUAGUGCAACUGUUGCUGCUGCCGUUGCUGUUGCUACUGCUUCAUUUUGGACGAACUAACCUCGAUGUCCAAUGAAUACAUCAUGACACCGGCGGAAAGCAUCCCAUAUGGGCGGACUGCUUCUCCCCAAUGUGGAUCUGUGUUCAAAAAAUCUUCGAUGGGUUCACCUUUUAGAGAAAUCAGGAACGCUUCAGGGGCUUCAAGCACCGCUGAAUUCGAUCUUGAGGAAGAUAUUCUUAUUGGAUCUCCAGGUUUGGCCCAACUCCCCAGUUCGGGCCUCAGUCAGACGUCAGUAGAUUCUCAUUCGGUCAAUUCGCUCGAUAGUAUCAACUCUGUCACGAGUAAUGCGAGUGCUUAUGCCCCUAGCAAAAAAUUCCGACCCAAAACGCUCUCUAUUCCGGGCUUGGGGAAAAUCUCGCUGAGUCCCAGGCACCAAAUUCUGCCGAGUCACGAAUGUAUUCCAAUUAGUGGCAGUCUUCCAACUCGAAAACCCAAGGACAAAACUGCUAGCAGUUGGGUGGGAAACACCCAUGGUAUCUUGAAAGACAUCCGAGGCAACGCACAUUGCGCCCCAUCCAGCCACUACGGUCUCACCAGUUUCCCUGGAAACUUCAAAUCAGCUCCAUCCACUCCAUUGGGCGGAAGUGGGAGGAACUUGAGUGGAACUUCAGCUUGGACCAUCUGCACUGGAGGACAGGAUUUCGAGAACUAUUUCCUGUCCGGGUCCAUUUCCUCCAUUGAUGAGGCUCAAGAGGCGGUCAGUGGGCGACAGUGCGGGAGGAAAGAGAAGAGUGCUAAUGAAGUGAACCCAGGCCAAGGCCAUCUUUCCCCGACAAAGGGCUCGAGAACGCGUUCGAAGAGCAGGCUGAGCUUGAACAUCAAUGAUGCUCAUCAGGGGCGUGACAACCUUACUGUAUCACCAUCACAAGCCAUUGAGGCGUCUGAGUCGAAUCCUACCAAGUCACAAAAUCUCAUCCCCAAGUUCUUGAGAAACUCUUUCAGCAAGCUCAUGAACCGUGACAAGCGGUCAUCGGAGGACGAGGCAGUCAUUAAGCAAUUAAAUAAGCCCAUCUCGCCCUCGCAAGAAGAAUCCAGUUCGCUUUCCCAGAGUAUUCGCAGUUUGUCGUCCGCUAAAGGUCAUCCUCUCCAGAGCAAUAACAAUAACUACAAUUACUACAACAAUCAAAUCUGGGGCGAGAAAGAUGAGAUUGGCGAUGGUGACUUCUCACCGGAAACUUCAGGCCUGAUCGCCGAAAGUCCAACUAUGAGUCAGUUCUACGAAGACGCGAAGGUGAUGGCUCUACCGGUCAUUCCAUUUGCAUUUCCCACCGCAGUUCUAGCGGAACGGAUGAAGACCAAGAAUAGGGAGGCUUUGCUCAAGAAGAAAGGUCAGAUAGUUCGAGAAAAGACUCCGUCUGGGGACUCCAAUAAGACUCUCAAAUCUUCGCCCAAGGAGAUUCGCUCUUCGGCUUCUUCUCGUCGCAGUAACUCCAUCGUCUGUUGUGACGACGACUUUGGUCCCAAGACUCUGGAUAGUCUAGUCUCCAUUGCCAAGAUGGAGUUGUACUCGGAAGCCUUGCAGGGUCACACCAACAUGGAUGAAGUCAUAGCCACCAGUAUGGGAAUCAAAUCCCCGCCCAUGCGACCACGCCUGCCUCGAGCCGACAGUUUGACGGACGAAGAGGACUUCAUGCUUCACAUGCCGCCUACCAAUGUCUCACGGACCUUCGAGGAUGACGGCUACCUCGAAAUGUGUCCAAAGCAACAGCAACAGUAUGAUCGCAUUCUUUACCAAGAGCCCCAUCAGCCAUUCCAAAGCCAAUUCCGUCAGACCCCUCCAUCCGGUUCGAGAGCUUAUCUUCGUCGGGACUCUAUGGAGGAGCACUUUCCCAUGGACAUGUCCCAAUCAUAAGUCAGGACCCACGUGUGAAUACGCUUUUCUCCCCACCAAGUAUUUGCUGCUGCCGCAUCAUCAUGUCUUGACGAGUUUUCUCUCGGCCCAGUCCAACCCUAGCUCCCAUUCCAAAUACGCGUAUACUAGACAUCAAAUUCCACCAAUGACACCCAAAGGGCAAUAAUUGUAUAUGGAUCAGGAAUAAUGUUGGUCAGAUGCAAUUGUAUUCUUGUUGUAGUGCCUCCUCACCAUUGACAUCAAUUGACAAACAUGAAACAUUCAUCCUUCAUUCACUUCACUUCUUUUCUUGCCUUCCUCUCUCCUAUUCCCUUCUCUGGAUUGUGAUAAAGAAAUACUUCAUUCAUGAUUAGUCCUCUUAAUUUCGAUCACCUCACCAACGCCUCGUGUAGAGUGUAAAGACAAAACCGUGCCCUUAUCGGCAGACAAGCCCCUUUCUUAUCGUAAUCAUUUCAAAGCGUUCAAUUCAACAGAAUACUAUUAUAACGAUUGAAAAAAUGAUGAGUGAUUAAGAGAUUGAAGAGUAUCAACGGGAUCGAUUCAACCCAAUUUUCUUCUCUUUACAACAUAACUAUUUUUGAAGUUGUGAUCAAAUCGCAAAUAAAGUUCACUAUUUUGUCCA